AAGCACGCGUAGGAAGGCGCGCCCGUGAAUUGUAUAAAGUGUGAGCGAAACCGGAGAACGCGUCACAGCUCAUUCAAUUCCCAGUCAGACGCCGACUAGCACAGAGACAACCAUGGCAUCUGGAGUCAAGGUCGACGAGAAUGUCCUCUUCCUCUUCAACGACAUGAAGGUGCGCAAGGCCAACCUGACGGAGGAGGAGAAGAAGAAGCGCAAGAAGCUGGUGCUCUUCUGCCUGAGCAGUGACGAGAAGAAGAUCAUCGUGGAGGAGGGCCAGGAGAUCCUGCAGGGCGACUCCGGCGACCCCUACACCAAGCUCAUCCAGAUGCUGCCCGAGAAGGACUGCCGCUACGCCCUCUACGACGCCACCUUCGAGACUAAGGAGACCAAGAAGGAGGACCUGGUCUUCAUCUUCUGGGCUCCUGAGACGGCUCCCCUUAAAAGCAAGAUGAUCUACGCCAGCUCCAAGGAUGCCAUCAAAAAGAAAUUCACAGGCAUCAAGCACGAAUGGCAGCUGAACGGUCUGGACGACAUCAAGGACCGGCGGUCUCUGGCAGAGAAGCUGGGAGGGUCAACAGUGGUGUCCUUGGAAGGAAAAUCGCUCAACGAAUGAGGACCACACACACAUUCACACAUACACACACACACACACACACGCGGGCUCUCCUCUGCUCAUUCCGAACAGGUGGGGGCAGUGGGAGAGGCAACGUUUCUUUUGGUUGGGACUGUGUAAAAGAGGGUGGGUUGGGGGGGGUGGAUGUCCAUAUUUUCGGGAGGGAGCGGGUGAGAAGUCGCCGAUUUCAAAUGCCACACAAUUUUAGGCUGUCAUUCUGGUUCAUGUUCAAGGAACAACUAAAAGAAAACACACCAAGCAAAACAAAAAAAACAUGAAAUUGAAGUGAAACAUUUGAAGUUUUCAUUUUUUAAAGAAAAACACAAAAAAUGAAGGAAGAUUCUAAUGCUCGAAAUGUGCUGACUGGGGUUUUUUGUUUCUUUUAGCAUUCCACCAAGAGUGCUGGAGAGUCAGGGACAGGGCAGUGACAAUUUAACAAAUUUGAUUCCUGCAGAAAUGCGUCUCCUUACCGUUUUUUGUUACUUUCCCUUUUUUGCCAAACCCCUCUUGGUAUGUUUUUUUGUAUGUGUGUGCACUUGAGACUAUAGGAAGUAUGAAGAAAGGAAAAGCAGGAAAAAAACAUUUCACUCCAAGAAAAUGAUCGCACGUGAACAAAAAGCAUUCUGGGAUUAUUGUUUUUGUUAAUUUUGCUUUUUCGAAAGCACAGCCUUCACCCCCUUAUCCCCCCUCCCCCCCAUUUUGUUGGGUUUUGUUUAGUUUUUUUUUAAUUUCGUAAACAUUUCCAAGUUUUCAAACCAGGGCAUCAUUGUAAUAAUAUUGAACACAUUCUCUUCACUUGUGUUUAAAAAAAACAACAAAAAAAAGACAUGCAGGAAAAAUGUAGAAAUUUGGUAGGUGAAGUUUGUUUGGAAUGACAUGACGGUGGGUUAGGAGUGAUUGCUUCGGACAGCCUGUGUACAGAGCCUACAAGGGUUAUUGGCUUGUGGAUGUUUUGUAUUGUCUCCUUGUCUCUAAUAAAAAAGGCACUAAAUUAA